UUUAUUUUGGAAAAAUAGCAUUUUAAAAACUGAGAGUGCAACUUUCUAGCACUUUAAACAAUGAAGUUUUUUGACUAGCACUUUAAACCUUAAAAAUGAUAUUUUUAUCAUAACAAACCUCAAACAACGUUUUCCUAUUCAUAGGCGACCGAAACUGUUCAUUUUACAUGUUAAAAUGAAGAGGAGUCGGUUUAUUUUUAAAAAAUAAUAAUAAUUGAUAAAAAAUACAUAAAAUUCGAAUAAAAUUUGAGAAAAUUGUAAAAAAAAUUAAAACAAAAAAAUAAAAUUUCAAAAUAUACUACUCUCAUGUGGUGUAAUAAAAUCAAAAUUUCAAAAAUACUGUAAUUUUUAUUUCCUGAAAAUGAUUAGAUACAUUUGACAGAUCAUUGUGCACUGUAACAUAUAAAAUGAUUCCCAAAUAUCAUAAUUUUCAUCCUAAUAUGUACUAUAUAGGAUAACUAUUGUAAGCUUGAACUGGUAAUUAAUAUACAAAUUCUAUAUAUGUUAGAAUCUUUAAAGAUAAUUUACUUAAAAUGACUUUACAUAUUAUAUCAUGAAGGUAACAAAUCCUUAUAAAUAUAAGAUCUAUUCUACUUUAUAAUAUCAUGUUUUGUAGCUUAUAUGUUAAAACGAAACUUUGAAAAUGGCGAGAAGCAGAAAAGGUCGUCAAAAGAUACAAAUCGUAAAAAUGGAGAAAGAUAGCGACCUUCAUGUUACGUAUUCAAAAAGAAGACAAGGUCUUUUUAAAAAAGCUAGCGAGCUUUGCACCUUAUGUGGUGUAGAAAUUGGAGUACUUGUGUUUUCACCUGGUCGGAAAGUAUUUUCUUUUGGUAAUCCAGAUGUUAGAUAUGUAUUUAACCGUUUCAAAAGUUAUGACCAGAAUCCUUUUCAGCUUAAUGAAUUUGGUCCAAGCGCAACUAUCCGAGGUCUUAACAGCAUACUCAGUCAGGAGCUGGUAAAGCUUGAAAAGGAGCAAGCAAGGAGGAAAAUUUUGGAGAAGAUUAGAAUUCAGAGAGAAGAAACAGAUAAAUGGUGGGAGAAACCUCCCAGUGAACUUAACUUGCGUCAAAACACUUGUCUAAUAAGUGUUUUGGAAAAUCUGAGGAUGGAUUUGGGAAGUCCACGCUUCCAACAAGCAAUGGUUCCUCGGAAUUACUGUGGUGGAAGUAAUAACAACAUUGUUGGUGGCGGUAAUACCGAUCCUCUCGACGAAAGAAGCAUGUUCGAGAAUGCGUUCAACUACAAUCCCAACAUGAUGAUUCCUAAUCAAGGACCAACGUUAGGAUAUAACAACAUUAAGCCUGAGGUGUUUGAUCCGAUAUACAAUAUGAAUUGGCCUGAAUAUAAGCACGGUCCCUACUAGGACCAAGAUCGGAGGGACGAAGGAAGAGGCAAGAAGAAACCUCAUAACAUCAAUCAACAUAAUCUCAAUCAUGGUUUUCAUCGCAUUCAUCAUGUUUAAUGUUAGCUUUUUGUUUGUGUUGUCUGUUUUCAAUAAUUAUCUAUCCAUAAGAUUUGUUUCAGUUUGUUUCAUUUUCUUUUGCUGUUUUUGUUGGUUCUUUGUGUUCGUUUUGGAUGAAUAUUUAAUAUAUAAUUCUCAUCU